AUUCUCUGUCAGAACGAAACGACUCAAGUCGUAGUUGCUGCUGUUUUUAUUCCGUUGGUAAAUGGUUCCAUUCGUGUGUAAUGUGGUGUUCGAUUUCAAAUUAGUAGUGAUGUGUGUGAACGUACAAAACAUUUCUGUUUUGCUAUACAAACGAUUUUAAUUUUUCUCUCAAUCUUUUAUGUGUGUACCAAAAGGAUAAAUUUCUAAGAUGCAUUCCCUAAGGAAGUGGUUUUAUAGGCCGAAGAAAGAAGACAGUUCCAAGUUGGCUUCAUUCUAUUGGGCCGAUGAAGAGCUUACUAUGGUUGCUACAGAGCUUGAUAGUUUUGAUGGCAGAACAGAUCCAGAUAGAUGCUCAAUUUUGGUCAGCCAAUUGAGAUUGUGUCAAGACAAGGUCCUUGGAAUCUGCAAUGAUAUUAUGGAUGAUGCUAUACCAGAUAUGCGAGCAAAUAGAGACUUUAGAGCAAAGUUUCCUGAUGACGUUUUGCAUGAAAAUCUUGCUGGACAACUUUGGUUUGGAGCAGAAUGUUUGGCUGCUGGAUCCAACAUCAUUCAUCGUGAACUAGAGAGUGCUAGUAUGAGACCUUUAGCGAAGGCCCUUACUAGAGCAUUAGACAAUGUCCGAUGCCUUCUUAGAGAGCAAUCAUUAAAGAAUUCUAUUCAAUACUCUGAAAAGGUACGGGAAGCUUUAAGAAUUUUUGACAGGCUUUUUGCAGAGUUUGAACUUUGUUAUGUUAGUGCUAUGGUUCCUAUUAAAAGUGCAAAAGAGUAUCAUUUACAACAGGAGAUUGUUGUAUUGUUUUCUGAAACCCUCAUUAGGGCCCUUAAAAUUGGUUUAGUUACACAAGAGAUGGUAGAUGAUUAUGAUCCAUCUCUUAUGUUCACUAUUCCAAGACUUGCUAUAGUGUGGGGUUUGUUACUGUAUCCUGAUGGACCAUUCAGUGUUGAAAAAGAGGCUACUGAACUUUCUGAACUAUUCCGACCAUUUUGCAACUUAUUGUUAAAAAUCAGAGAUCUAUUGUGGACUCUGACUGAAAACGAACUACAUGCCUUAGAGAAAAUGUUGUGCAGCUUAGAAGAACCAAAAGCUGAUGAAAAGUCAAAUGUAAUGGAAGACAUUCCAUUAAAAAGUACAGACGACAGUGUCUGUCAGUUUUAUAAAAAGCAUUUAAAUUGCAAACAAUUUAUACAGGACUUUUAUGCAUAUAAUUUUGGAAUAUUGAUGCCAGAGAAUGGUUUUCCGGAUCAUUCUGAAGAAUAUUUGUUGCAAGAGAAACGUUCUGUGGAGAAAAAGGAAUGUGAAAAGAACCAAAACAAAAACUUUGAAUUUGAAAUGCAGUUUAAUGCAACUGAGAACAAAAGUCAUAAAAAGUCAGCCAAUGGUACCGAAAGUGAUAUUGAAACUCUGGUAUCAAGUGACUUUGGUGUAUCUGAUUGCGAUGAAAUCCAUUGCAAUUCAGAAAACAGCAACCAUGUUCAGUUUUGCAUAGACACUAAUGCAAACAAUGCAGAUCAGUGUGAUUUCCAAAAUGGAAAUGAAGAAACUGUAAGUGAUGAUGAAUUAGGAAUUAAUUUAUCUCAUGCAAAUGGCAGGACUUUUCAUUGUCAUGCUGUGUCAAAGCAGCUAAAUGCUCAGAACUGCUCAUCUUAUUCAACAGAAGAUGAUUUGACCAGUUUGGGGCAAACAUCAGCCUCACUCGAAAAUCAGCUUAGCAGAUUGCAUGACAACUGCACUUGUGGCAUUGGUGGUACCUCAAGAGAGCAGCUGACUCCCUCACGAGAAAUUAUGCGUCAGGUUAUGAGGAGGGUGGAGAUAGUGCCACCUGGUCAAUGCAUUGAAGGUUAUAGCUCAUCUACAGAAAACAGUCCUCGAGCAUACCAUCAUGGUUUGCUGAGUCACUCAUACCCUUCACAUCCAGGACACUCUCAGCUCAGUGUCAAUUCGGACGGAGUCGUCAGAAGGAUGCGGAGGCGUUCACACUAUCGAAGUAGCAGUGUCAAAGUUCAUGAUGCUGAAAUUCACUAUCGAUAUUAUGACGCAAUCAAUCAGAAUGCGAGGCAUUCUGUUGACUCUAAUUGGGACCCGAAUCCUGUGUACAGUUCACCAUUAUUGAUUCCUCGAGUCCAGAGUUUGAGAGAAGAUGCUACUACUAGUGAUGCCACUUAUUCUUCUUGCUCCAGCUGUCAGAGUAUAUCUAGUGUUUCUAGUCCAGAAUGGGAUUCCACUAGCCCAGAUACAAGUUCUUAUAAUUCAGAAUGUCAAGAUGAUGAAGAAAUUGCCUUAGCUCUUCAAGCUGCAGAAAUUGCUUCUAGGAACAAAGCAAGAUCAAGGUUUAAAAGCAGCCGGGAUCUUUUACAUAAAUUGUUUGUUUGUGUCUCAGGAGUUGCUGAUCAACUGCAAACCAACUAUGCUAGUGAUCUUAGAAAUAUCUUGAAAAGUGUUUUCGAUAUAAAUUGCACUCAGUGUUAUGCACCUGAAAUUUGUGGCAGCCCUUCCUCUGAUGAGCCCAAUAUGGAAAACCAACCAGAUAAUUUGACUAGAAAUAACUCAUUCAAUGAAAACGAAACACUGGAAAUCUCAAACAGAGCUUUAAACAACAGUGCUCCGGAUGAGGAUGAAAGAGAUCGGAACUCAGUAGACAGUGCAGAGGAAGUAGUGCCCGACAGUUCACCACCUCCAUUAAUAGUUUGGAAUCUGUCAGAGCUGGGUCAGGAGAAUGAAAGCACAAUUCUUACAGGUCCACCAGAAUGGAUGCCUGAUGAAUUAAGCUCUAACUGCAUGGCUUGUAAAAUUCAGUUCACUAUUUUAAGAAGAAGACAUCAUUGCAGAAAUUGUGGAAAGAUCUUUUGCUCUCGAUGCAGUUCCAACUCGAUUCCUCUCCCGCGUUACGGCCACCUGAAACCUGUUCGUGUUUGUAAUCAAUGUUUCAUGUACCAGCUCACAACCCUUGUGAUGCAAAGGCAGUUGUGACCCUCGUGGACUUUAUUGUUUUAACAAAAUGGUUGUGAUUCUUUAUCCGAUUGCUGGUGCUGAUCCAAAUUAUGAUUCUACUUGCUCUAUUUCAGAUAAGCAGUAGCAUUUGUACAUAUGUAUAUUUCUAUUGAUCCAAAUGCACCAGCAAAUUGUUUCAUAUCUUUGUUGAUAGUGUGUACAAAAGGAAUUUUGAUUGCAUAAUGGAGGCCCAACGUUUCACCUUUAGAAAUCGUCUAUUUUCUCACAAAACAACUAUAUCUCUAUAUUAUAUAAAAAUACUCAACAAUAUAUUUUUUAAUUUCGUAUUUGUUCUAGUAAUUUAUUUGUCAAUAGGUGUUAACUCUUGUGCUUCAAAUUUAUUUACAUCUAUGUAUUUGCUGUUGAUACUUAUUUUGGGUUUAGACAGUUUAUAUUUAACCCUUACAAUCACAUAAAUCUUGUUCUUAACAUUAAAUGCUUAUUUUAUAUUUAGAAAAUUAAAUAAGAAUACAAAUUUCAAAAUAUUAAAAAAGGAAAUAUUCAUUCUCCUACAUUGCCUAUGUUAUAUAAUUUUUAGAAUCAACAAAAUAGUCCCUUAAAAGUUCCUUCAUGUAUGUUUAUGUAUUUUAACUUUUUCAGUCUGAAUAUCAUUAUCCUUUAUGUUCUUAUUAAAAAAAGAAAAAAAAAAGCCAAAAUACUUUUUAAUAUCUCCGUAAAUAUUGUUUUUGCAUCAAGUGAAGAAAGUUUUAAUUUGUUAUCUCGAUAGCUACUAGUUGAUAUUAAAUGUUACUAUUUGUUUAUAUUAUGCUUGAUACUCAUUUUUGUAAAUAUUUUUGUGACAUCAAUUAUUUUAAUCAUCAAUGAAUGGUUUUAAGUUUGUUUCUUACAGACAACUUUGUUUUGACAACUUGUGCAUUGUUUUUUGUUCAACAAUAAAAUUGUUUUAUAACU